AUGACUUCUGGUUUUUUCAUUCAUAUCUUAUUAUUCUUAUGUGUCUGUUCCUCAUUAACAUCGAUUACUAAUGGAUUGACCAGUGUACCUUCCACGAGCAAUAAUAAUAAUAAUAAUAAUAAAGAUUUAUCUUUUCUUCAUAAAUAUUUUGGAUCAUCAAUUCCAUCACAGUCAAAUCUAUUAAAAGAAUUUUCAUUGAACAUUCAACAACGUAAUGUGAUUAUGCCACGUAUUUGUUAUUUUGCUCGAAUAUCUGGAACGGGUAUCUAUCAAAAGUACUGUUUACCUUACAACGGUAUUCAUAGUUAA